CGGCGGCGGCGGAGGCAGCAGUAAGGCCUCCUCCUCGUCAGCCUCCUCGGCAGGGGCUCUGGAGUCCUCGUUGGAUCGAAAAUUCCAGUCGGUGACCAACACCAUGGAAUCCAUUCAAGGCUUGUCGUCUUGGUGUAUAGAGAACAAGAAACACCACAGCACUAUCGUCUACCAUUGGAUGAAGUGGCUCCGGAGAUCUGCAUAUCCCCACCGUUUGAAUCUCUUUUACCUUGCCAAUGAUGUCAUACAGAACUGUAAACGGAAAAAUGCAAUCAUAUUCCGUGAGUCGUUUGCUGAUGUACUUCCUGAAGCAGCUGCUCUAGUGAAGGAUCCAUCUGUCUCCAAGUCUAUAGAACGAAUCUUUAAAAUCUGGGAAGAUAGAAAUGUAUACCCAGAAGAAAUGAUUGUGGCAUUGAGAGAGGCUUUGAGUACCACUUUCAAAACUCAGAAGCAGCUGAAAGAAAAUCUGAACAAACAACCGAAUAAGCAGUGGAAGAAAUCACAAACAUCCACGAAUCCAAAAGCUGCUCUCAAGUCUAAGAUAGUUGCUGAGUUUCGAUCUCAGGCCCUCAUUGAAGAAUUGUUGCUAUAUAAGCGCUCAGAAGAUCAGAUAGAAUUAAAAGAGAAACAGUUGUCAACUAUGAGGGUGGAUGUAUGCAGCACAGAAACCCUCAAAUGCUUAAAAGAUAAAACUGGUGGGAAGAAAUUCUCCAAAGAAUUUGAAGAGGCAAGCUCUAAGCUGGAAGAAUUUGUGAAUGGACUGGAUAAGCAGGUGAAAAAUGGGCCUUCACUAACAGAAGCACUGGAAAAUGCUGGAAUUUUCUAUGAAGCACAGUAUAAAGAAGUAAAAGUUGUGGCCAAUGCAUACAAAACCUUUGCUAACCGAGUAAACAAUUUAAAGAAGAAAUUGGAUCAGUUGAAGUCAACCCUUCCUGAUCCUGAAGAAUCACCAGUUCCUUCCCCAAGUAUGGAUGCUCCCUCCCCAACUGGUUCGGAGUCCCCAUUUCAGGGAAUGGGAGGUGAGGAAUCCCAGUCACCAACAAUGGAGAGUGAGAAAUCUGCUACACCUGAACCUGUGACUGAUAAUCGUGAUGUGGAAGACAUGGAACUCUCAGAUGUAGAAGAUGAUGGGUCAAAAAUCAUUGUGGAGGACAGGAAGGAAAAACCUGUGGAGAAGUCAGCUGUCUCUACUUCUGUACCUACAAAGCCAACAGAAACUCUCCCAAAGGCCUCUUCCUGUACCCCAGUGCCUGUGACCAUGACAGCAACCCCACCUCUUCCAAAGCCUGUGAAUACUUCUCUUCUGUCCCCGUCCCCAGCUUUGGCUUUGCCCAACCUGGCUAACGUGGAUCUGGCAAAGAUUAGUUCCAUCCUUAGCAGCCUAACAUCAGUCAUGAAAAAUACUGGGGUCAGUCCUGCAUCAAGACCUUCUCCAGGAACUCCUACCAGUCCCAGCAACCUCACCAGUGGCCUGAAAACACCUGCACCUGCCACAACAACAUCUCAUAACCCUCUGGCAAAUAUCCUCUCCAAGGUGGAGAUCACCCCAGAGAGCAUUCUAUCUGCUCUUUCCAAAACCCAGACACAGUCAGCCCCUGCACUACAAGGCCUGUCAUCUUUACUUCAGAGUGUUACUGGGAACCCAGUUCCAUCCAGUGAAGCUGCAUCUCAGAGCACAUCAACUUCCCCUGCCAACACCACAGUCUCUACCAUAAAAGGAAGAAAUGUGUCCUCUAAUACCCAAUCUUUUAUACCCAAAAGUUUCAACUAUUCUCCUAAUUCAUCAGCUUCUGAAGUCUCUUCAACUUCAGCCAGCAAGACAUCAAUUGGGCAAAGUCCAGGGCUUCCAAGCACUACAUUUAAACUGCCAUCCAACUCUUUAGGGUUUGCAGGUACCCACAGUACUAGCCCUGCUGCCCCGCCUACCGAAGUUGCCAUGUGCCAAUCUUCAGAGAUCUCCAAGCCAAAACUGGAGUCAGAGUCCACCUCCCCAAGCCUGGAAAUGAAGAUCCACAACUUCUUAAAAGGUAAUCCUGGUUUCAGUGGCUUAAACUUAAAUAUCCCAAUCCUGAGCAGUUUGGGGUCCAGUGCCCCAUCCGAGAGCCAUCCCUCAGACUUCCAGCGUGGCCCUACUAGCACUUCAAUCGACAACAUUGAUGGAACCCCUGUACGGGAUGAACGGAGUGGAACACCCACCCAGGAUGAGAUGAUGGACAAGCCUACGUCCAGCAGUGUAGAUACUAUGUCCCUGCUUUCUAAGAUCAUUAGCCCAGGUUCCUCAACACCCAGCAGUACAAGAUCACCACCCGCCGGGAGAGAUGAAAACUACCCCCGGGAGCUCUCCAAUUCUGUGUCUACAUAUCGACCCUUUGGCCUGGGCAGUGAAUCUCCCUAUAAGCAACCUUCUGAUGGAAUGGAGAGACCGUCUUCCCUGAUGGACUCUUCACAGGAAAAGUUCUAUCCAGAUACUUCUUUCCAUGAAGAUGAAGAUUACCGAGAUUUUGAGUACUCAGGGCCUCCACCUUCUGCUAUGAUGAACCUGGAGAAGAAACCAGCCAAAUCUAUCCUGAAGUCCAGCAAGGUGUCUGAUGCCCCGGAUUACCAGCCAAUCCUGUCCAGUUAUAGCCACAGGGCCCAAGAAUUUGGGGUAAAGUCAGCCUUCCCUCCAUCUGUAAGAGCCCUCCUGGACUCUAGUGAGAACUGUGACCGUCUGGCUUCUUCCCCUGGGCUCUUUGGUGCCUUCAGCAUAAGAGGGAACGAACCUGGGUCUGACCGGUCACCAUCACCGAGUAAGAAUGAUUCAUUUUUCACCCCCGACUCCAACCACAAUAGCUUGUCUCAGCCUACCACUGGGCAUCUCAGUUUGCCACAGAAGCAGUACCCAGACUCUCCUCACCCAGUCCCACAUCGUUCCCUUUUCUCUCCGCAGAAUACCCUCGCUGCUCCCACGGGCCACCCACCCACGUCAGGCGUGGAGAAAGUCCUGGCCUCCACCAUUUCCACCACGUCGACGAUUGAGUUUAAGAAUAUGCUUAAAAACGCCUCACGCAAGCCCUCAGAUGACAAGCAUUUUGGCCAGACCCCCACCAAGGGCACUUCAAAUGAUGGUGUCGGUCUCUCUGGCCUCACCCAGCCCAGCUUGACUACCGCUGAGCAGCAGCAACAAGAAGAGCACUACCGCAUAGAGACCCGCGUGUCCUCCUCCUGCCUAGACUUGCCUGACAGCACCGAAGAGAAAGGGGCCCCCAUAGAAACUCUGGGUUACCAUAACGCAGCUAAUAGAAGGAUGUCGGGGGAGCCCAUACAGACCGUAGAGUCCAUCCGAGUUCCUGGGAAGGGGAAUAGAGGACAUGGGCGCGAGGCUUCAAGGGUGGGCUGGUUCGACCUGAGCACAUCGGGCAGCUCUUUUGACAAUGGCCCUUCCAGUGCCUCUGAUUUGGCCUCCCUUGGGGGUGGGGGCAGCGGAGGCCUCACUGGCUUUAAAACAACACCAUACAAGGAGCGGGCACCCCAGUUUCAGGAGAGUGUCGGCAGCUUUCGUUCCAACAGUUUCAACUCAACAUUUGAGCAUCAUCUCCCCCCGUCCCCCUUGGAACAUGGGACACCCUUCCAGAGAGAGCCAGUGGGGCCGACAUCCGCCCCUCCUGCCCCUCCUAAGGACCACAGUGGUAUCUUCUCUCGAGAUGCGCCCGCUCAUCUGCCCUCUGUGGAUCUUACGAAUCCCUUCACGAAGGAGGCAGCCCUGGCCCACGCUGCCCCACCGCCUCCUCCUGGAGAGCACAGCGGAGUCCCCUUCCCUGCCCCGCCCCCCCCUCCGCCCCCGGGGGAACUCGGCAGCAGUGGUGGGAGCGGUGUCCCCUUCUCUACUCCGCCCCCUCCUCCACCCCCUGUCGACCACUCUGGAGUUGUACCCUUCCCAGCCCCUCCACUGGCAGAGCACGCAGUGGCAGGGGCUGUGGCAGUGUUUCCCAAGGACCAUAGCUCCCUCCUCCAAGGGACCCUGGCUGAGCAUUUUGGGGUGCUCUCAGGACCCAGGGACCAUGGGGGCCCCACCCAACGGGACCUCAACGGCCCUGGCCUUAGCCGUGUGCGAGAGAGCCUGAGCCUACCCGCCCACUCUCUGGAGCACCUGGGCCCGGCUCAUGGCGGAGGUGGGGGAGGCGGCAACAGCGGCAGUGGCCCCCCCUUGGGUCCCUCACACAGAGACGCCAUCAACCGGAGUGGUAUGAUUUUACGGAGUCCCCGGCCAGACUUUCGGCCUAGGGAACCUUUUCUCGGCAGAGACCCAUUCCACAGUUUAAAGAGACCCAGGCCACCUUUCGCUAGGGGCCCUCCGUUCUUUGCACCAAAACGCCCAUUCUUCCCUCCCAGGUACUGAUGGAAACCAAGGGAAAGAAGCAUUUUGAACAGUCUAGAGAGCAUUGCAAGUAGGAGUUUGGUUUAUUGCUGUUUUUAUUUGUUUUCCCUCCUUUGAUUUAUUUUUUUUAUUAUGAUAAAGGGCCUCCCUUCCAAAUUAAAAAGUCAUCUCUGCUUACAUUUUACUAUUCCAUCCAGUCCCUCCUCCUACAGCACUUACUGGCUUCUCCAAGCUAUUUGUAUUUAAGAAAGAAACACAACCAAAGGCCACUUCAUUUGGCUGGGGGCUUGGGGAGUGGGGAGGAAACAGUCUUUAUUUUAUCCCAUCUAUUAAAGAGUAUAACUACAUUUGAAAUAAAACUUCCAUCAGUACAGAUAAUAACAUGCGGAAUGUUGGGGUGUUAUUUUGGGGUUGGCUUCUGUAGUAGUGAUGGAAGGACCCCUGUCCUCUUCCUUCUCCAACAAAGUAACUGCUGUAACCAAUGUGAUUCCCUGUUCUCGCUCUGCCCUGCUGGCAGCCAGGAGAUGUUGCAAGGGAGGAAAUGUGGAAGAUCUUGGGCCUGUCAGGGUUUUUUGGUUUUGGUUUUUAUUUUUUUCUGUCAGGUUUCUUUGUUUCAUUUUUAAAGGCAUGUUGUUCUUUCCCCUUUUCCUAAAAUCUUACUUUUUUUUUUCCUCCAAUCAGACCCUUCCUCUAAAGUACUAUCAGGCAGUAACUUUGAGGAAAUACAAAACUCAUUCUAUACUGGUCAAAAUUUUUCUCCUUUUAAAAGGAAUGAAAGGGGGCUGAAUAUAAGUUCCAGGUUAAAAUAAGGAUAUAUGCCUACGAUACAGCGAACUAGGAAGGAGCCAUUGAGGUGUGCUGGGACCUGACUGUCUUCUGUAAGCAAGAGGGAACAGGACACAUUCCAAGCAUCUUGCACCAAGCUCUUGCUUUCUGCUUUUCUUUCUUUCUCAUUUUUUCCCCUCGAUCUUCAUUUCUAUUUUAACUAGAAAGUCACUACAGUUGAUAGUUGAUACAAAGAUGCAAAUGAAAUAUUAUCCCUGCAUUUUUUUUAUAGAAGUUAAUUUUACUUCUCUAACAUGGUGUUCAUUGGUGGUUUUCAGCAAACGUUAACUAUUGAGAAAGGGAAAUAUUUGUCUUCAGCUUGGUUUCCCCCCUUGCCUCCGUCCUGUAUCACCCCUACUAUUGGUAACUCAGAGGAGGAGAUUCAGUAGUACUUUAUAUUAUACCUCUUUAAGUGUGUCUUGGAAACAGGUGGGUGUUACUAUUCAUGUCAUUACAGAGAAAACGAAAGACCUGAAAAAUCCAAAUUGCCCCCACUCUGCAGAUAGCAACCUAUCACAUUUCAAGGCUCAAGCUUUAUCCCCACUUCUUAUGCUCAACAGGAGGCAAAGAAUGUUUCUGCUUUUCAUUUUACAUGAGAGAGGUAUACUUUCCUUCUCCUUGGACUAAAAGGCUUGUUUGUGUUCUCCAACUAGUAUUUGGGAGAAAGACAAUCACUGUACUUUGUUUAAUCUUUGUAUCUAGGGACCCUGAAAAGCAAAAACUGCUUACUAAUUUUUUUUGGGGGGGGUUGUUUUUUUGUUUUUUAAUGUUUUACCCCAAGGUACUGGUAAACCUCCAGAUAGAUGAGUAAAGCAGUACGUGUUGAGGUUUUGAAGGAAUCCUAGCAAAUUUCAUAUAUUUUCUCCCAAGUUAGUACAGUACUAACUAUGAGGAAGGAUGGGAAUUGCUUUGGAUUUCUCCAGUUGAAUAUCAAAGGUGGAGGAGGGUGAGCAGUAUAGUGACAAAAGAUGACUCUGUCUCAGAAUAAACUUGUCUUUCAGAGAAAGCAGCUUAAACCAGGUGUCCAUCAUAGCUUGGGAGUUUUUAUGUGAUGUUUUCCACGUUAUUUAUUUGGGCUCACCUUGUGUUCUGUGGUUAGCAUGCGUCAGCUCAUUCAUCUUCCUAAUGCGUGUCUGGUCUUGAGCCAUCUGUUCUUUGUUUCUUUGACCCUCAAGCCUCUUUGCCCUGUAGCUGUCUCCACAAAAAUGCAUGAUACCAUGACCUUGUGUGUGGGAUGGGGUAUAUAGUAUAACAAAGCAAAGGAAGCAUAGUUAUUUUGAGUCCUAAGGCAUUUGUUUUGUGAAAAAGCAUAACUGAAUGGGGAUGGAGGUAAGGGAAAUUCUGUCAGAAUUUUUUUUUUUUUUUUGCAGAAAUUAAGUGGGAUUUUUUUAUUCUAGAAUUUAAAAAAUGUGAAUUAUUUCUGCUGCUCUUGUUUAAGCUAAUGUAGUGUUUACUUGAAAAGGCUCUCAGACCAUUUGAUUUUAUCAGAAAACGUGGGGAUGUCAGGAAAGUCGCUUCCUGAGUAUUGGGGCAGGGUAAUUGUCCUCAAAAACAUGAUGGCUGAUCCUUGAAAGGAAGACAUUGUACAGUUCAAAGUUGGACUUUUAAGGGUUUGGGUUUUUGUGGGAUGUUUUUGUUCAUUUGCCACAGAGUCCUCAGUACAUUUGUUUCAGGAUGGAAAUGAGGAUUUGUAUGAGACUGUCAGCUAUUAAUUUUAAGGAAAUCGCUACAGCAGUAAAUGAAGACAACAAUGUAUAUAUGUGAUAUAGUGAAACAAAAAAAGACACUUUCUGGUAUUCAUAAACAUGAGACAAAGGGGUUUUAUUCUUUCUGUGUCUGUGAUUUAAAACUCCAAGACCAUGCUCUGACUUUUGUAUUUCAACCUGAGUUUAAAAAAUAAACAAGAUAUUUUUUAAAGAAAGUAUAACAUACUGUGUCUUAGCAAGGACAUGACUCAUAUGAAAGCAGAAUAUGAGAAAUUAUUACUAAGGUCCUGGUGCUCACUGUAAAAUCACAGACAAAGAAUUCUAGUGAAUACACUAGUACCACUUUAGUGAUACGUGUCAGAAGUAGGGUCCUUAAGUAUUUUGUAAGGGUUCACUCUUCAGCCAGCUAACAUGAGAGCUCCCUCCCUGCUUCCCUCUGCCUGCCCAAGAGUCAAGGUAAAUAGAAUCUUGUUGAUUCCAGGGAAGGUCGAUUCCAAAGUAGAAUUUUUAUCCUGAUACCAGGAAAACAAUGUGGUAUAUAUGGUACAGCAAACCUAUCUAGAUAAUGUGAAUAUGCUAAACUUCCCAAUUGCAGAAUAUUCACUAUCAGUCCUGAAGUUACCUGUUCACACAGUUAAGCUUCAGCUGUUACUGUUUUGAAGCCGCUGUAAAUUACUGCUUCCCUUCUUCCCUCCCGCCCUUUUCUUUAAAUUGGUGGGGGUGCCUGUUAAGAUUAAAAUUAGAUAUGUUGGUGAUAUUCUCACGUGUUCAGUGUGGAAAACAAAAUAAGUACAUGCUUUAGAGACAACAACAAUGAAAUCCUUUUGAAAUGUGUAUUGAUAUCAUUUAAUAAAAUAACUAGUUCUAAAGGUUUGA